CCCUCUACCCUCUCACUCGAUUUCCUUUACUUUCGUUUCUUGUUUCUAUUUUCUCGCGUUUUCUCGUCUCUCUCUCUCUCUCUACCAACUCGGUCGACAGACUCCGUCUCUUCUUGGAUCGAAUUCCCCACCAGAAAAUAUCCCAACCCAAAAUUGCUUAAAAGAGAAAAAAGAAAACCAAGAUUUUUAUUUCACUUUUUGCCUUAUAAUUCCACUCUUUCAAGGCCUCUUCAUCUUCUUCGAGGAUUCGAUACCAAGGGUCUUUGCUGGUGGUAUCUGUCGAUUGCUGUUGCGUUUCUGGGAAACCGGAUUAGGGUUUUGUUCUUCCAAUUUGUGGUACUCAUUUCUUUGAUCUUAUUUGAUUACCUCUAAUACCAGGUUCUUUGCUUAUUUGAUCUAUCUUCUGUUUUCGUUAGUUCUUGUUAUGGUAUAAUCCAUUUAUUCCAAACCCUAAGAAAAAAGAAGGAGAAAAAGGUUGAUUGGUUUAUUUUUUAAUUGUAUAGAUUAAAAAAAUUGUAUUAGCAGUACCCUUUUUAUUUCCAUUCUAGCUGAUUUCAGGUUUCUUUGAACAAGAAACUCUAUGAAAUUUUUGGUUGCGUUGUUUUAGUUUGCUAUCCGAAAUUGAGGGUUUUCUUGUUAGAUCUCUUUGUCUCCUUUUCUUUUUUUCGUUUUUGUUCUUUUCCUACCCGGUUUUGGUUCUGUUUAAACAAAAUUGGGGUUUAGGAUUUUAAAUAGAAUGGCCUUGAAUUUUUCUCAUCGACCUCUGUUUCCUGGGCAUCUUCCUGAUGACAAUUUGGUUUCCCCAAUGAGAAUCGCGAAUGGGUACCUUGUGGAGGGUAUGCCGGACAAGGUUGAGAAUUGCUUUGAUUAUGGGAGGGAUAGGACCGAUAGGUGUGUCUCACAAGAAUCCGUGCAUAAGGACAUUCUUGAUCUUUUGCCAUCGGAUCCUUUUGGCAUGGACAUAAGCACUACGUUUACUGCGAUAACAGGUUGGCUUGAAGAUUUGGAGGUGGACUACGGUGUGUAUGGUAGGGAUCAGGUUGCCACGAGUGAUGGCAAUUAUCAGUUGUUUGCUGGGUUGAAUUUUAUUUGGAAUAAUGCAAUGAGGUUCCAAGCUUUUCCUGGUAAUAUGGGGUUUGAUAAUAGCUUGAAUGCAGUUGGUGGAUUUGGUGAUCGAUUUCUAGAGAAGGAAGUAUGGAAUGCAUCUGGCGAGGGUGCUUUUGAAUUGUCUUGUGAUGUGGAGGACAUUUUGAGUUUAGGGAAUGAAUUAAUUGGCAAUAAGGAUACUGGUGUUGUGGAUAAGAGAAGUGGAGAAUUUCAUGAGAUUAGUGGGGUUUGUUCUGAUGGAGAUGGAGGAGCUCCUCAUGCAGCUUUUGCUUUUGCUCUUGGUUAUCUUGGUGUGCGGGAUCUUCUUGUUGUUGAAAUGGUUUGCAAAUCAUUGCGUUCUACUGUUCGAAGUGACCCACUUUUAUGGAGGAGCAUUCACAUAGAUCAACCAUUGAAUGAGAAGAUCACUGAUGAUGUUCUUUCGCAAUUAACUAAUAGGGCUCAAGGUAACUUGCAAUGCCUGAGCCUGAUUGAGUGUCCAAGGAUUACUGAUGAUGGGCUGAAGUAUGUUCUUCAAAAUAACCCUAGGCUAACCAAGCUGAGUGUGCCUGGAUGUACUAGACUUGGCAUUGAAGGCAUUGUAACUAGCUUAAAGGCGUUAAAGACUAUGGGUGCUCAAGGGGUAAAGCAUUUAAGGAUUGGUGGGCUCUAUGGAGUAACACAGAAGCAUUUUGAAGAACUGAAGUUCUUGUUGGGCACAGAUAGGCGCAUACAGCAGAAUGCCCACAAACCACAUUUUUAUCACAGAGGAAACUUUUAUCUGUCAUGUGAGGAUGAUCGUACCAUUGAUAUUGAAAUGUGCCCAAGAUGCCGGAACCUGAGGUUAGUAUAUGAUUGCCCUGCAGAGGGUUGUCAGCAGAAAGAACAUUCCACUCAGACAUGCAGGGCAUGCACACUUUGUAUUGCUCGGUGUGUUCAGUGUGGCCGGUGUAUUAAUGACAAUGAAUAUGUGGAAACAUUCUGCCUUGAGUUGCUUUGUUCAGAUUGUUGGAAACAACUCCAGAAAUGCCAGGAUAAGCAAGAUGGUAAGAUUAGUCCAUCCAAGUCUCCUCCUCUUGGUGAAUCUAGUUGCCGCCUCCGUCUUCAUGGCUAGAGACAGACGCCUGUUUUUGUCUUCUGGUUUCAUAUUAUGAUUGAGAUGUGCAUAAUAGGUUAUUUAGAAUCUGAGAAGAAAAUGUGAGGCAGCCAUCUAGGAUUAUGGUUCUCUUUCAGUUUUGUUUUGCUUUCUGAGUGUAUUGAACGUCUCAGAUGAAGCCAUUGGUGGAUUUCAAGAUGUGUUGGAUGCAGAUCAGAGUUUUCUAGAAAAAAAGGACCAAAAAAAAGAAAAAAAAAAGAAUGUAAAAAAAAAAUAACAGAAGCAGGAAGGAUAUGGUUUUAGAGUCAUUGCACUAGAUCUGCGCAUUGCACUAGCUCUGCACACAUUGUUCACAGUGAAGGAUCUUAUAUUAUGGUUUUUCUUUUAUUUGGCAUGUUGCUUAAUGGAAGUCUGAUGAAGAAUGUGCUCCUUUGCCUGUGAUGUACAUAACUGGCAUGUGAAUCUGCACGGAAGUGGGGUCAGAUUUAUUUGGCGUUGGCCAUGAGAUCAGUGAUGUGGAAAGUGGCUCGUCUGGUGUACAUGUUGUAAAUGAGUUGAUAUGCUGCUUCAUUGAAUCAAACAGUGAGUAUUCUUGCUGUGAAUCUUAACGUAUAAGGUCUUCAUUGCUUGAGGAGGUGGGUGAAUUAGUUUUCCUGCUGUGAAGCGGAUAGUGUGAUGCAGGCGCCUCUCAAGCCAUUAAUGUUGUGGUGGAUAGUUCUGGAUGGAGCCACUGAUUUCGUCAGAGCUCUUCGCUUGUAGCUGUGGGAGCUGCAGAUCUAUAUACUUCGGUGCCCGUUGUUUCAUUUAUGUUCUCAUUGCUGGAUUUUGGCUUACUGCUUUAAUUGCAGAAGCAACAAUCUGUUUUUACCGGCCAGGGUGAUUUGUAUUGUCCAUUAGUAGUACGGGGCUUGUAUUUUGUGUCUUCUAUCAGAGGAAGUUUUAUGGGCCUCACUUGGGCACCAGAUUGUGUACUUGUGUUCUAAAUAAGUAAAAAAUAAAAAAUAAAAUUGGAAUCCA